GUUUGUAUCUGUUGUCUAAUCGAAGAAAUGUCAGAGAAGCCAGUCUGCAUCAGUGACUAUGAGCAGCAGGCAAAAAUUAUUCUCCCUAAAGCUGUUUUUGAUUAUUAUUUUUCUGGAGCUGAUGAGCAAGAAACAUUAGCUGAUAAUGUAGCAGCAUUUUCCAGAUGGAAGCUGUAUCCACAUGUGCUCAGGGAUGUGUCUCGAGUAGACCUGUCAGUGUCAGUCCUGGGACAGCAGCUCAGUAUGCCAGUCUGUGUAGCUGCCACUGCCAUGCAGCGAAUGGCACAUCCCGCUGGGGAAACAGCGACUGCGAAAGCAUGCAGGUCUUCUGGCACAGGAAUGAUGCUGAGCUCCUGGGCAACCUCCAGUAUCGAAGAAGUGGCACAGAAUGCCCCAGAUGGUGUUCGCUGGCUGCAGCUUUACAUUUACAAAGACAGAGAGCUAACCAAAUCUUUAGUAAAGCGAGCUGAAAGCGCAGGAUAUAAGGGGAUUUUUGUCACUGUGGAUACACCGUACCUAGGGAGACGACGGAAUGAUGUGCGCAACAGGUUUAAGCUCACACCUCAUCUGAAGAUGGCCAAUUUUGAGUCCCCCGAUUUGGCAUUUUCUUCAAAGGAAAGCUAUAAGGAAGAUAGUGGGUUGGCUGUUUAUGUAACACAGGCAAUAGAUCCUACGCUGAAAUGGGAAGAUAUUGUGUGGCUGAAAAAAUUAACUACUUUACCAGUAGUGGUGAAAGGAAUUUUAAGAGUUGAUGAUGCGCGAGAAGCUCUUAAAUAUGGUGUUGAUGGAAUAGUUGUGUCAAACCAUGGUGCUCGGCAGCUGGAUUGUGUGCCUGCAACUAUUGACGUCCUUCCUGAAAUUGUUGAAGCUGUUGGAGGAAAAGUGGAAGUCUUCUUGGAUGGAGGGAUACGUAGAGGCACAGAUGUCCUCAAAGCUUUGGCACUGGGUGCCAAAGCAGUGUUCAUUGGACGCCCUAUUCUCUGGGGAUUAGCCUGUCAGGGUGAAAAAGGAGUAAGUGAAGUUCUUGAAUUGCUGAGAGAAGAACUGCGCUUAGCAGUUGCACUUGUAGGCUGCACUACGGUGAAAGAAAUUGAUAAGUCUAUCGUAAGAAGGUCUCAGUUUACUUCACGAAUUUAAGAGAUUACUGUCUUGCAUAAUAAAAGGAUUCUGUGUUCACAGACUUUGAUGCUGUGACUGAGUGACUAGAUAUUGUUUUUAUUUGUAUUUCUACUUAAAGGUGCACACUCACCAUUUGCAGUAUUCUAUUUUUAUUUUGAAAAAGGUUUAUGUAAUGAGCAUUUUGUUUAUAGUUUUUAAAAUACUAAUCUCUGCGUCUGUAUUCUCCAUAAAUCAAAGCAUAUUCUAGUGGUCAAAUUCAGAUUGAACAAAUAUAUGUAAAAAGUAUAUUUUUCAGGGUUGACAGUAAUGCAGUACACAUAUUACAAUAUUGCUAUUUAGGCAUGAAUAUAUUUUCCAUCCUAUAUUUAACUUCUUUUUGAGUGUUUACUUCAAAACAAAAGACUCUAAAGUUUAUUUUGCUCCAUAAUGGAGGGUUGGACAUUUGCUUUUCCUAUCACAAACUCCUUUGAAAUCACUAAUAUCUAACAUGUUUUGAUUUUCCUGUUAAUUAUAAUAAGAAAGAUAAACUUGUUUUUCAUGA